AUACUAAAUUAGCUACAUCACAUUGCAUUGUUUUUGUUUUCGAUUUCAAUAUUACAUUCAGUAUUUAUUUUUAUUAAAUAAUUUGUGAUUUAUAUAGUGCAUAUGAUAAUCAACAAUAACAAUUUAAUAAAUAAUACCUAUAUAACUUAGUUUAAUUAUGCAUUCAAUGUGAUAAUCAUUUAAUUGAUUUUAGAAAACUUCAAUAACAUAACCAUACAAUAUUGAAGGAUCAAUGUUCCAUCAAAUAUUUUAAUAUAUUUUCUCUUUAAAAAUUACUACUUCGUGUACGAAGAAGACUUGAACAUGAUUGGAUAAUUAAAUGCUUUUGUUACGCAAGGUGCUCAUCAAUUUGACGCUUCUUGCUUUAAUUCUUGUUUUAUUUUAUUGUUAUCAAACAUCAAAUGGUAUACAUUGGACAUUACACGGUGAACAAGAAAAUGCAUCGACUAUUGAGUCGAGAAGUUCUAGCGAUGAUACGAUUACCACGUCAAUGUUAUUGUCAAAUAAAAAGAUUUAUUAUAAUGUCUGGUGUAUAUUCACAAAAGUUGCUAGUAACUCUCCGAUGAAGCGAAAAUUUAAGAUCUUUGCAGAAUCCUUAUUGAAAUUAUCUUCUGUUGAUAUUGCAUUUCAUGUUAUGACUGAUAAUGAUAGCAAAAAUAUUGCUGAAAAAGUUUUGGGAAAUAUUAUUUCAUCCACUGGGAAAUUUAUGAAAAUACAAUAUUAUGAUGUACAUGAGUUAGCAUUACAAUUGGAAGACAUAGUGUCUGUUAUGUCUCCACACUUUAGUAGCAAACCAGGAACUUAUUAUUCAGAUGCAUUAUUUUUCUUGUCCUUGGGUCUACAUCGCAUAGCUCCUAUUGAACAAAAUGUUGCAGCAAUGUUUGAUGCUGAUACUAAAUUUCGUACAGAUAUCAAGGAACUUUUUGAAGAAUUUAAUACUUUUGGAAAUCAAGCAUUAUUUGGCCUGUCUCCAGAACUCACUCCAGUUUAUAGACAUGUUUUAUAUCUGUAUCGUAAUAAACAUCCUAAUACAUUAUUUGGAGAACCUGCUAGUUCAGGCGGUUAUCCUGGUUAUAAUAGUGGAAUGGUACUUUUUAAUCUUGAUAAAUUACGAAAUUCUACAGUUUAUGAUAAAAUUGUAAAAAAAGAAAGUGUAAAUACAAUGACUUCAAAAUAUCAUUUCAAGGGUCAUUUAGGAGACCAAGAUUUUUAUACUCUUUUAGGUAUGGAAAAACCUGAAUUAAUUCACACUAUUGAUUGUGGAUGGAAUAGGCAAUUAUGUACAUGGUGGAGAGACCGUGGAUACGCGGAUGUAUUUGAGAAUUAUUCAAAAUGUGAUUCAGAAACAAAAUUAUGGCAUGGAAAUUGUAAUACUCCUAUACCUAAUGAUUAAUAUUAUAUAUUAUAAUUAUAUUUUAUGAAUAAUAUCUAUCUAUUAGAAUGAAAGUUACAAACUAUUAUUGUUAAUGCAAUUGUAAAAGUUUAAAAAUGGUACUUGUUACCAUUCUAAUAUUUUUGGAGUCUGUGAUUCUUUAAUAGUAAUACAUAUCUUCCCUUACAGUGGCAAUAUUAAAUAUAUAAUAAUAAUAAUAAAUAUAUAUAUUAGUUAAUAAA